GACGAGGCCUCCCUCACCCUGCUCCUGCAUGUGCCCGGCAUCCGGCCCCAGAGCCUCAGUGGGGCUGUGGGCACAAACCACUACCAUCUCCGCUUCUCCAGUGGCACUGGCGCCUAUGCCCUCUUCUUACAGUUUCCUCCCGCAAACAGGCUGUCGUCCCCCGAGACCAGCGUUAGCGUCUCUGCCCACAACGCUGCCGUUGGGCUCGCCAAGGCCCCCGGCAGCACCGGGCCCUGGGAGAAGUUCUGCUUCGGCCUUGAUGCCUCCGCUCUGCAGGGAAAUUAUGAUGAGUGCAAACGGAGCCUGCCCUAUGUCCUUAGUAUCAGACGGUGUAAGCUGCUCAUGCAGCCUAUUCACCUGAAGAAAGGAGAUGUCUAUAAUACGCCAGACCUACGCAGACAUGCACAGAGUGUUGUGAAAUGCAGGAGAAAGGAACCAGAUUUAGAAAGUGCUGUCACAGUAGGUGAAACGGCCGCGGCCGCAGACUCUGAAAAGGCAGCAGGGCUUCUGCUGGAGGGGCAGGCGAAAGCAGAAGGGGAUGGAGCAGCUGCGCCCGCAGGAUUGGCACGGGGGAACCAGCACAGCUCGGACAGCAGGCCGGCCUCCCCGCUCCUGCAAGAAGUGAGCACGCAGGACGGGAGCGUGCAGAUCGUUAGGGAUCACGUAACGCACUGCCCGGUUGCAUUUCAGAAUCCUUUGCUGUAUGAAUUGGACUAG